CAGCCUUCAGCCCCAUGCAAGGCACCAUGUUGUUUCCACUAGUGUAAUCCAGGCAGCAGCUUGCGCGGUGCAGAUCCCGGGGCGUCGUGGGGAUCCUGCAGGAUGCAGACGCGACUGGCCGCAUCGAGCAAUGACAUCGAAGACGGACGUUGACAAACCUCGCCCGCCGGAAUGCAAGGCGUUGCGCUGCGGCCGCAUGUCUCUCCUGAGUAUAAUUAUAUAACCUGUAUCGACCGAGGGCCUCCAGCAUGCUUCCAGGCCGCCCUGUCCCACAUCCUCUGCACUUUCUCCCUACCUCUUCAUCAAGCUCCAAGACUUGGAGCCUUCCUCUCACCACAUAACCACCGUUCCGCAAGAUGUACAUGCACACCCCGGCCCUCCUCACGACCCUCACGGGCUUCGUCGCCCUGGCCGCGGCCAACCCCCUCGCCGCGGGCGCCAACCCUGUCGCGCCGCGCGUGACCCCGGCUGUGCUGCUCGAGCGCCACCACCUGCUCGCGGCGCGCGACAGCAGCACCAGCAGCACCGCCACCCCGACCACCAACACGGAGACAGCCGACCCCAAGUCGGUCGAAUGCGCAAGCAUCUACUCGUCCUUCGAGAACGCCGGCCCGACGCUGCCCGCGACGCUGGGAUCGUGGUACAAGACGGCGCAGACGUACACGCUGCCGCCGGCGUCGGAGUACGACGACGCGGUGGUGACGGGCGUGUGCCAGGAGACCAAGACACUCACGCCGCCGGCGUCGCUGGCGUCCGCCUGGGCGAGCUACACGUCGGCCAGCCACAGCUUCAACAGCGCGCGCGCGUCCGCCGUGCACAGCGCCGCCAGCAGCUGCGGCGGCGGCUACAGCGCCCUCAUCGACAUCGAGGCCAUCUCGGACGGCGACAGCUGCACCGCCUCCAUCCGCGCGCUCGUCUCGGCCGUCCGCAGCGCCGUGGACGCCCAGACCACCGGCGCGCCGGGUAACUCGACCACGGCUCCGGCUGGCGUGAGCUCGACGACCUCCUCGGGUGGCGGGCCGAGGGAGACGGGCUAUGUGGCGGCUGCUGCGGCGGUGGUUGUCGGUGUGGCGGGUGUGAUGGCGGCGCGGUAAUGUUGUGAUGCGUCUUCAGUUCUUUGUACUGUGUUUUGCCCGCAUCAAUCAACAAGAGG